AUGUACGAGACCAGUGGCACCACUCCAACGCUACCCUCUGCGUCUUUGUUAUCCAAACAGUUACGUCAAAGCAAUGGCUGCUGCAACUCUCGUGGAAAGGUCUCCGUCGAUAUCUCUUUCUAAAAUGGAGGGAGAUGCUUCUAUUUUAGAAAAGAUGGAAGCUGAGGAGGAAGACAUAGCAACAAGAGAAGCUGGCAUCCUAGCCCUCGCUGAACAAUAUAAGAAAGCAGGCCAGGCUCAUCAAUUGGCUCAGCUCAUUAAGGAUACUAGGCCAUUUUUAUCCCAGAUAUCCAAAGCCAAGGCAGCUAAGCUUGUUCGUACAAUGGUGGACAUGUUUUUAGAUAUGGAAGCAUCUACAGGUUUAGAAGUGGAAGUUUGCAGAGAUAACAUCGAGUGGUCAAAAACAGAACGUCGCACCUUCCUCCGUCAGUCACUAGAAGCCCGUUUAGUUGCUCUUUUUUAUGAUACUGCCCAGUACACAGAAGCCCUUAGUUUAGGUUCACAGUUACUCAAGGAGCUGAAAAAGCUCGAUGACAAAAACCUCUUAGUCGAAGUACAAUUAUUAGAAAGCAAGACUUAUCAUGCUCUCAGUAACCUUCCUAAAGCCCGCGCUGCUCUCACUUCAGCACGUACUACUGCUAAUGGUAUUUAUUGUCAACCAAAAUUACAGGCUGCUUUAGAUCUUCAGUCUGGUAUUCUUCAUGCAGCAGAAGAGAAAGAUUUUAAGACAGCCUUUUCUUACUUUUAUGAAGCAUUUGAAGGUUAUGACAGUAUUGAUAGUCCAAAGGCCCUGACUGCCCUGAAGUACAUGUUGUUAUCUAAAAUUAUGUUACAGAGUCCUGAGGAUGUUCAUAAUAUUGUUAGUGGGAAGCUGGCUUUGAGACAUAGUGGAAGUCACGUUGAUGCUAUGAAGGGUAUUGCUGCUGCCAGCAGUAAGAGAUCUCUAGCUGAUUUCAAGGCAACAGUUACAAAGUACAAAGAAGAACUAGAGGGUGACAUGAUUGUCAAAGCUCAUUUAAAUACAUUAUAUGACAAUAUGUUGGAGCAGAAUUUGUGCAGAAUCAUUGAGCCUUACAGUAAGGUCCAAGUUGCAUAUGUUAGUGAAACUAUUGGCCUUCCACAAGAUGCAGUGGAACGCAAGCUUUCACAGAUGAUCUUGGAUUCAAAGUUGACUGGCAUUUUAGACCAGGGUGCUGGAGUUCUAAUUGUUUGGGAUCCCACUACUAAGGACAAAACUUAUGAACAUGCUCUGGACACCAUUAAAGCAAUGGAAAAAGUUGUAGAUGUCUUGUAUCAGAAAGCAAAGAAACUAACGUAAAAAUUAGCAGGAUUAGCUUUACACAGUUACGCUAUCUAGAUUAAGGGGCUGGUUAUAAUUCAGAAGUGAUGAUACCGCAGUGUGUUAGUGUGUACUGUACUCCUCUCAGGCUGUACCUUACAGGAAUGUUUAAAAAGUAAAUAAAAACUACAUGUUCAUCAGGAGCCAGGCAGAGUUUAUCCAGGAUUGUGAAAUAUUCCUGGAUGUCAAGUUAUGCCCUGGUUGAGUUGUGCUACUGCAGAGCCCCUCCUCAUGUAAAUAUAAGCUAUAAAAAGGAGGGGAAGUAGCAUGUGACAACUACCACCUCAGAUAUACUGAGGAUACAAAUAUGUUUGCUUUUUCUCUUUCUAUUCUUGAUAUUCAGAGUUCACUAUUCAUUGGGGUUAUUCAUAAUAAUGUUCUCUUAAGAGGGUAGAUUAUUUUUUAUAUGUUCAUUAUUCGAGAACUAUUUCGGUAACAAUGAAUAUAUGUAAGCUGUAUAUUAUUAUAACUCAAAGUUGGAUAUGUAGUGGGGUCAUUGUUUUACAUUGGUCAUUCAUCAGAUGACUUGUUUUUUACAAGUUUCUUUGUAAAGGAAGAUGUAAUUCACAGACAAUAUAUGGUUCGUAUAUUAGUUAUUCUUACUGUGUUGAAGUAAAAUUGUUUUAAUUUUUCUCAGAAUUAAUGAAGGCCAAUAAUUUCGUGUGAGGAUAUUCUGAACGUCAAGCCAGCAGAUAGAUUUUGUACAAGGAUUGAAGAGGUUGUCCCUUUGCUUGUAACCUAGUAUGUAACACCAAGCAUUUACUUGUAAGUACUGUAGCAUCAAAAGCUGAAGUGCUGUGUUUAAAAUAUGACACUUACUAACCCAUAAGCGUAGGCCUCCAUGCCGAUGCCUUUUGUUGUGCAGUAUGAUCGUUAUGAUCUUCAGUCUAAGGAUUACUGUUGCAGGGGACUAUUUUUCAUGUCCAUGAUAUAAUCAGUUUAACCACUUUGAGAUAUUUUAUAAAAUAAAAAUCUUAUUCACA